AAGUAAAGCAGAAGGUGGAUGAGGUAGAUGAAAUGGAAGAAGACUUGGAGGAGGAGGAUGACGAGGAGAUGGCACAGUCAACGAAGAUGAGCCAGAAAGAAUAUCUCAAUAAGCUGAAGAAGAGUGACCCUGAGUUUUAUCAGACCAUGAUGCAGUCAUCUGAGGUGAUGGAUAUGCAGAGUUCAGGGGAUGAAGAGGAAGACAGUGAUGCUGGAGUUGAAGAGGAAGAUAGUGAUGCUGGAGAUGAAGAGGAAGAUAGUGAUGAUGAGGAAGAGGAAGAGGAAGAAAAGGAAGAAGAAAAGAAUGUAGAAUCUGGUGAGGAGAGUGAUGCAUCUGAUGCCGAAGAAGAGAAUCUUCGCAAACGAGGCUCCAAUGUAGUCACAGCAUCAAUGAUUGCAGAAUGGGAGAAAGGAUUGCAAGAAAAUGAGCCUCUAAACACUUUCUUGGAAGUAAGUCAGGCAUUCCUCGCAGCCAUUCAGAGCUUGGGAUCCAAAUCUAACGAAGAAAAAGAAGCUGCAAGCAAAUAUGAGGUGGCUGGACCUCAGAUUUUCAAUGCGGUUGUGCGUCUUUGCCUGCGAAAUGUACCCUCCGCCUUCUACAAAAUUCUAAGGAUGAAGAACCCUACAGAUGACCCCUUAAAAUGCAAAAGAUGGGACAAAAUGAAGAACUUCUUUAAAUCCUAUCUUGGUAAUCUAGUUCAGUUGAUUGGCGCAGUGGCUGAUGCAAGUAUUGCUGAGGUCCUUCUGAGUCGUGGUGUGAUGCCCCUUCUCAGUUACUAUGCUGGGCACAGAAAUGUGGCAAAGAAGCUCCUUAGGAAGCUGGUCUCACUCUGGGCUACUAGUGAGAAGAAAGUGCGAGUUCUGGCCUUCUUAGGCAUAUUUAGGCUGACUCGCUUGCUCCCCGACUCAUUCAUGGAUGGAGUCUUAAGGCGCAUGUAUAUCUCCUUUGUACAAAACUCAAAGUUUACAUCAAGGAAUACGUGGGGCCUCAUUGACUUCAUGCGCAUGUCAUUGGUGGAACUGUAUGCAUUGGAUCAUUCAAUAGCAUAUAAACAUGCCUUCGUGUACAUUCGUCAGAUGGCAAUUCACCUCAGAAAUGCUAUUACAACCAAAACUAAGGAGCGUGUGCAGAUGGUAUACAACUGGCAGUACAUCCACUGCUUAAUUUUCUGGGGUGAAAUGCUGUCCAAGACUCAUCCUAGUACAAUUCUGCAGCCACUUAUAUACCCUCUUAUACAGAUUUCAAUUGGUACUGUAAAAUUACGUCCAACGCCAGCAUUCUAUCCCCUUCACUUCCACGUUUGUAAUAUGUUGAUAAACCUUUCUCAACACACCGAGACGUUCAUACCUGUUAUGCCCCUUCUAUUAGAUAUUCUAUCCCAAGCCCCUCUGGAAAAGAAGCACAAGAAAGCAUCCAUCAGGCCUUUCGACUGGAAGUGUAUGCUGCGUCUCUCCAAUCAGGAGAUGGAGGAAUCUGCUUUCAAGGAUGGUAUUGUCUCACAGGUCUAUGAUGCAAUGGUCAAAUACCUGACUCUUGAGAGCCACUCCAUUGCCUUUCCUGAAUUGGUCUUCCCAGCUACACUACAGAUUAAAGCAUUCCUAAAGAAAUGUCAUAUGACAAACUUCUGCAAGAAAAUGAAACAGCUCUUGGACAAGAUUAAUGAAAAUAGCCAAUUCAUUGAAUCAAGAAGAAGAGAAACUACAUUGUCCAUUGCAGACCUUAAAGCUAUCAAAGACUGGGAGAUCUCGGCCCGUCAGGAAGGUACACCCAUGAGCAAGUUCCAUUCUAGCUGGCAGAAGAUCCAUGAAAAGGAUCAGGUAAGGCAGUUUGGCAAUCCCACAGGAAGAGAUGAGAACACCCUGCCAGUUAUGAGGAGGGAGGAGAUUGAAGGCAGAGGCAAGAGGAAGGAAGUCCUGUCAGAUGACGACGAUGAUGAUGAGGACGAUGAGUCCGUAGAAGAAAUGGACAUGAGCAGAUUUGUAGAUGAUGAUGACAAGAAGAAAAACAAAAAUAAGAAUAAGGACAAAAACAAGAAUAAGAAUAAGGGAGAAAGUGACAGAGUGAGAACGGCUGAGGUAGAUGAUAAUGACGACUUUGACAUUUUGGACAAUGCUGGUUUGGAAGAAGUGCGACUCAUGAAGUUCUCCGACUCUGAAGAUGAAGAUGAAAAAGAUGAUUAUGGUGUAUAAAACUGAUAAGGGGGAAUGCUAUCAUAAUUAUUGUUAUUUUUUAUAUAAUUGUUAAUGUUAUCAUCUUUGUUUUUUCAUUGAAGACUCUUAAUUUGGUUAUUAUUAUCUUCCAUCAGAUUUUUGUUUGUAAUAAUUUCUUCUUAGUUAUAUGUUAUUGAUGUGUUGUAAACUCUUACGAGGAUAUUGACUUACUCAUCAAUUGCAGUAACUUCUACAAUUCAUGUUGUAAAAGUAGAAUUUGUUUCAUGUCUGCUCUUCCUGUUAAUAUCACAUGAAUAGGCAUCGUCAUAUUUGAGAAUGUAUGAAGAUGGUACACCAUGAAAGCAAUUUUCAUUUCUCCUUUUUUGUCAGUAUUCUAGGAAAUUUGAAAAUACAUCUCUUAUUAAUA